GGUACGGCCCCGGCCCGGCCCGGCCCCGGCCGCGGCCCGCAGCAUGGCCAAGCAUCACCGCACACCGGCGCGUUCCGCCGAGCCCGUCAUCGAGGUGAAGAGCAAGUUUGAUGCUGAAUUUCGCCGCUUUGCCAUGAAGCGCUCUGGUGCUGGCAGCUUCCAGGACUUCUACUGCUUGCUUCAGACAGUGCAUCAGAUCCCACAGGUGGAUGUGCUCCUGGGAUACACAGACAUCCACGGAGACCUCCUGCCCAUCAACAAUGAUGACAACUACCACAAAGCCCUGUCCUCUGCCAACCCCCUCCUCAGAGUCAUCAUCCAGAAGAAGGCAGAGUCUGACGCUGGUGUCUUCAACUCCAACUCCUUGCAGCGGAAAAAGAAGGGGCUGCUGCGGCCCACACAGUACCGGGCCAAGCACCUCCUCAUCAGCAUGCCCCAGGACUUCAGGCAGAUCUCCUCCAUCAUCGACGUGGACAUCCUGCCCGAGACACACCGCCGUGUGCGGCUCCACAAGCACGGCUCCGACAAGCCCCUGGGCUUCUACAUCCGCGACGGCGUCAGCGUGCGCGUGGCCCCACAGGGCGUCGAGAAGGUGCCUGGCAUCUUCAUCUCCCGCCUGGUGAAGGGCGGCUUGGCCGAGAGCACGGGCCUGCUGGCAGUCAGCGAUGAGAUCCUGGAGGUCAACGGCAUCGAUGUGGCCGGGAAGUCUCUGGACCAGGUGACGGACAUGAUGGUGGCCAACAGCCACAACCUCAUCAUCACCGUCAAGCCGGCCAACCAGCGCAACAACGUCAUCCGCAGCAGCAAGGCCUCGGGCAGCUCCGGCGUCUCCACAGACAGCACCCCCAGCCAGCAGACUCCCAGCCCUGCCUCCCAGUACCUGAGCAACUACAGCACGGCCGAGAGCGACGAGGAGGGCGACCUGGUGAUCGAGAGUGAUGGCGCCCCGCUCUACCUCCCGGGGGGAUGUCCCAAUGGGGGCACCACAGAUGGACCCCUCCGGCGCAGCCUGUCCCCGCGCAGCUCCAGGUUAUCCCUGCAGUCCCUUGGUAGCCACAAUGGCAGCCCUGGCCGUGGCGGUGGGCGGGAGGACGGCACCCUCCUCACCCUAUAGCCACAGGGUCCCCACUGCCCUCAGGUGCCGGAUGGGUUCCCGUGCAGCUGGGCUUGUUGUGGGUGCUGAAGUGAUGCCGUGGCUGGUGGUCAGGGGCAGAGGGGGCUGCCCGCUGCCUCCCCUUGUCCCACUGCAGUCCCCACUCCUGUCAGGCACUGCCCUGUCAAGCCCCCUUGUGUCCCAUCCCCUCUUUUCAACCAAGUGGGUUUUUAAAAUUGUUUUAUCAAAAUAUGCACCAUCCAUUAAUAUAUUGCAAUGGACAGUAAAACCUUUUUCUAGAAAGCUC